AAAAAUCUGGUGUCUGAUAUCACUGUCCUCAUCACACACUAGCACAGUGCCCUAAAUCUCCCUGAUCAUUGACUUCACCAUGAGUCUGUUAUCACGGGGACAGGAUCAAUGGGAAUCCAAUUACUCAAGUAGGCCAGUAAGUAAAGGAGCAGAAAAGCAGCCAGCCUUCAUUCUGGAGGGAAAAGCCCCAGUCGAACCCAGCAGGGGGGAUGGAGGAGGUGGAGAGGCCCGGUCCCUCAGCCCAGGGCUCACUCUGCCUCUGACCCAGGUGGAGAGCCUCGGACCCUGGCAGAGCGAGAGCCUGCUGGCGGAGUCCUGGUCCACGAUGGGUGACGUGGACCCUGAGGACACCAAGAGCUUGGACAGCGGUAACGAGACGGCUCUGGCCGGAGAGGAGAACCACUCUUCCAACUCUGACAUGGUCCACCUGGAGCGAGAGGAGGUUGAGAUGCUCGAGGAGGCGGAGAAGGAGGAAGAGAGAGCGAGGAGAACGGAAGAAGAGGAGGAAGACGAUGAGGAGUUGCAGACGAGUGUGUUGAGUGUUUUAGGUGGGGAGAGGGAGCUGGUUGAGCUUAGGGAGGAGGAGCAGGACCUCCAAGCCCCAGAAACUGAGGGGCUCCUAGUGUCAGCAGAGGAGCCUCACAUGGAGAGGGAGCCUGCGGAGUUCAGGCAUGUGGUUCCCCCGAUGGCCUUACCUCCUCUGCCUAUCGUCAGGUUCGAUCCCCCCUCAACGACAUCCACCCCGGUUCCUUCAACUACAACCGCUGAAGCUGAGGAGGUUUAUUCCCUUCAGGGGCUCCACCCUCCAUCUAUCCUUGCACCGAUGGCAGCAGAGCCUCUGAUAGAGAGUCUCGAGCAACUAAAAUUUACACAGAUUCCCCUCUCGGACGUGGAGGAACAUUCGGUUGAAGCCUCUCAAGAAGCACCAGAAAAUCCGGAGUCCACCGCUCAACCAAAGACUACCAAACCUCUGAGCUCCACUGAGCUGCUGUUUGGAGGCGCUGCUUUAGUAGCUGUUGUGGGAGUAGUAGCAUACGGUGCAGUGGCCUACUGUAGAAAGUAGAAAACUUCCACCUUUAACCACGAAUCACCCUUUCAACACAGGUCUUCUAUUCCAAAUGAAAUAUUCCACUUCGCUCUCUGAAUUCUGGAUUUUACUCUCCGAAACUCUUUGUAUUGUAACUAAUAUUAGACCACAUUAAUUUAAUUUCUCUGAUUCGUCUCGUGCUACCUCAGCUCACAGCAGAGCUCAUGGCCUUUGUUUUUCUGUACGCAAUAAAUCUCUGAGAAAACAGUAAAAAUGUCAUCCUGGAAUAUAAAGUCAUGUACAGUACAAUUUUAAAGAAUCCUGAAACUUGAAA